AUGGUUCAAGAACAAUCGGCGUUGCAGACGUCACCGCCGGAGAAGCUCUCGGGGUUUGAAUGGUGGAGACGCUCGUUGCUGUAUAGAACAGGCUUGGGCAUGUCUGAUAACGAAAAGGCUCAGUUUGAACACGACUACAGAGAGAAACACAUGAAUACGAACUGUGAACUGUGUGAUGAGAACAGAGACUGGAUGCUCCGAUACUCACCCAGUGUCAGAUUCAUGAUGGAUCAUGUCAACAAACUUGGGGGCAACUUGAGCACGCAGAACAUUAUUUGUGACAAAUGUGACGAUCUCAAAGGUGGCGGCUUCCAUCCAAAGUAUGGUAUUUUGUUGUGCUCAAAUUGGAUCCAGGACAAGUGGCAACUCGAGGAUGUCUUGACCCAUGAGCUUGUGCAUGCGUAUGACCAUUUGAAGUUCAAGGUUGACCUUACAGAUUUGAAGCAUCAUGCUUGUACAGAAAUACGUGCUUCUAUGCUUAGCGGGGAAUGCAGAAUCAUGAGAGAGAUUCAGAAAACAGGCUUGAGCAACUUCGGUGGGAAAUUCCAAGACUGUAUCAAGAGGCGUGCCGUUCUCUCAGUGGCAGCAAACCCAAACUGUAAGAACCAAGAGACUGCUCAGCAAGUCGUGGAUACUGUCUGGAAAUCGUGCUUUAACGAUACAAGACCAUUUGAGCGGGUGUAUCGCUAA